GAGGCCUGAAAGAGUUAAAGUGAAAGGCUCUUACAAACUUUGCUCUCUUAUCUCCUCCCUCCCUCUGGGGCUCCACACCUCUAGGGCAGAGCUAAGCAGAGUUGAAUCGCCACCUUUUCCUGCAUUAGCUGAACUGUUGGCUGCAAAGGCAGAACCAGAACCGAGGACGUAACCAAUUCAGGCUUUUUCUAUUCUAAGGCUCCAGAGACUUCUCAGUGCGUUUUGCAGCUUAGAAGAGACAGCAUCGGGCAUCAGAAACUGCACUCCGAAGCGAUACUCCAGAGAUGCUUCUGAACAAGUUGUCUGCCGGCACCAGCUUCAAAGGGGUUAUCUAAAUGGCCAGCCCCACUCGUUCUGUGACUCAGAAAAGGAAAAUUAAUCUGUUGAAGAAUCCUAACAGUUGAAUUCUCUGAACCCUGGCCUGUUGCCAGCAUCUCUGAGACCUCUUCCUUCUCUUGAGAGUCAGUGAAUGCAACAACACUUUCCCUGUAACCUACAACAAGGGAUGGCCACAAAGCUGUAGGCAAUUCCUGCCCUGUAUUCUUAUAUCCUUCAAGCUGGGCAUUACAGUCUCCAACCUUAGGGAAGAUUGAAAAAGUCAGGCAAAGGGGUUGAAAACUCAGAUAUGCUGAGCCAGAGAUAUCCAAAACCCUUUAGCAAGUCACCUCACAAAAGCACCCAAUUAAAUCUACACCAUUAGUGUGCAGAUCUAGAUGAGCUGUGCAUAAAAAAGGAGCCUUUUAUCCUUUUACAAAAAAAAGGCAGAUGUCUAAUAUAAUACCCUAAGAGAUUCCUGUCUCCGUGCCAGUAUUAUAAAGCAGUUUCACCAUAUUUAUUUUCACCAGCGUAAGACUCAGAGUGUGAAAAUUGAAGAUUUAUUAAUAUAUUUGUUAAUAUAUUUAUUUAUCUAAACUGACUAAAACGUUCUGAUAAACCUAUUUGGGAGGGGGCUGUUUGCUAGAGGGCAGGGAAGUGGAACAAUUGGCCAAUUAAAAGACCCUUGUGUUCUUGCCUUAUACACUACUAAUUUCUUCUAUAUCAGAUUUUUAAAUACCAACAAUACAUUGCCAGACAGGCUAAGUGACUGUGGGAUGCCUCAAGGGCACUAGAAAUUAAAUAGAAGCAAAGAUCAGCUCAAGCCUUGAGCGAUGACGGAAGUGCAUUUUAAGUAUCACGGAAAUCUCACUGGGAGGGCUCAUUUUCCCACUCUGGCAACAGAGGUUGACAGCACUGCAGACAAGUAUUCCAACCUAUACAUGUAUGUGGGAUUAUUCCUGAGCCUCCUGGCCAUUCUUCUCAUCCUGCUCUUCACAAUGUUGCUUCGACUUAAACAUGUCAUCUCACCCAUCACUGAGAGCACAGAGAGUGUUCCUCAGUUCACAGAUGUGGAGAUGCAGAGCCGAAUUCCCACAUCAUAAAGUCAGGAAGAUGGCGUGACUUGACAAAUAUGAGCAAACCCUGGCAUGUUGAUUUACAGGAAGGCUUACUUUAGUUCAUGAGACUUUCAAUGUAACGACAAGCUGCUCGUGUUUUCUGUUCAUUGUUCUUCAUUUUGACUGUGCUCGUGGGACCUCUAAAAGGCUUGAGAGUCAUUCUUUUAAAGGAACAUGGGAAAAGAGCAGCUAGCUGGGCUGGCAGGUUUCCUUAGUAACCAAAAAUUCAUAUGCAGCAGUUGGAAAACACAAGAUUCCUGGAGCUGCAAGAACAACAAUUUACCUUCAAAAGUUGUGAGGACCUCCAAGAAAAUGGCAGGCUUUAACUUAUUACUUUAGCCCUAGAGAAUUGCUUCAUGCAUAAUACAGACAUCUUCUAACAUAGAGCUAAAAUCAUGUCACAGGUGAAUGAUAGAGAUCAUUAACCUUGCCUCAAAAAAAAAAAAAUCAAUGCUUUGCUCAUCAUAGGCCAUCGGCAUUCUCCCAAAUGAAAGAAGAAAUGUAUUUAAUGAGUCAGUUACGUUUUAAAGAGAAACUUUGCCGAAAGUUUCAGAUGAAUGAGAAAGAGGUGAAUAUUAUAUCUGUACUAUUACUAUUACUGGACUCUUAAAAACUUGGAUAAUGACAGAUGUAUUACUAUAAUCUGGGAUAAUGAGCUGCCUCCAAAUCGAGGAAAAAUUAAGUCAAACUGCUCCCAUGAUAAGGACUUCUACAUUACACAUGCAGCUUAUUUUUCUCCCUCCAUAUGGCAAGCCAUGAUUGAGGUGCACGUAAAUCUGAACUUGAUUUGAAGGUGGACUUGGCGAAGAAGACCCAAGUGUAUUUCAAGGCAGAAAUGAAAUAAUCUUGGGAUUCUGUUACAGAAUAAUUGGUACUUUGACCAAAGCAUGCCAGAUUUCUGAGUCUCAUGUUUUUCUUGUUGAAAACUGUUCAGAGAGCUAUUUCAUCAUCACUUUUUAGCUAUGAACAUAAGACAAACUGAUACCAAGGAGGAUAGGACUAACGGUUACCCUUCAACAAAUUCUUAAUAAAAUCAGUCUCCUCAAAUGUGACAUUUGUCUUUCCCAGAAAAUGUUCUCUUACUGGUCCCUGCCAAAAACUGAAGUGUUUCACUUAUUAUAUAUACAAAAAAACAUAUUUUGAAAAUUUCCAUUCUCAUCAGUAGCACUAGCGUGCCAGUAAUGGAUAAUUUAAUUUAAAAACAAACUUGACUUUCCAAAGUGAAACCAAAGGAGACAAGCAACGUUUUCAAAGUAGAAAUUGUAAAAUUGGUCAUAGUUUUGCCACCAAAGAAAUGGUAUACCUAUUUUAGAGUUUACCUGCUCAUAAUUUAAAAAAAAAAAAUCAGUUGCUCCUUGUAAUUAAAGCAUGUUCAUCAAAUUUCAUGGAGUCUCCCUUAGAGACCGAGGUGGUGUCGAAAAAAAUGGAAUGGAUGUGAAAUUUAUGGCACCUGUGCCAGGCAUAUUUAUAUCUCUGUAGUUUGUAACUAAUUUUGAUUGGCCCCUUUACUGUGAUCUGAAUCUAGCAUGGUGAUGGAAUUCCCAAGUGCGUUCUUCUUUUAUACACAGUCAUUUGCCAGUGCUCCCCUCUCCAAGGGGCUGCACAGCAUGAAAUCCCCACAUGCAGAACUAAACUUAGCAGCAGACUGCCACACCUGUUACAACUGUGCCCCAUCAGAGAGAGCAGCUGCAUUCUGCACCACCCAGAAGAAAUUAGCAGGUAGGCUAAGAAUUGGGUAGGACUUUGGGCUUUAUAUUUUCCAAAAUGCAAAGUCACUCUUAGAGGAAUACAUAUUGGUAGCUUAAGUUGUGCUUAUACUCAAUAUUCUGACUCCAUGGACUUUCAGAAUGUUUGACUUUUAACUCUACAUGGGCUUCCCCAAGACUGGCAAUAUACCCACGAACUUAAGGACACAGGUAAUCCCCUCAUUCCAGGUUCUCCUUUUUGUGUCCACAGUAUUUGAAUGCACUUUACAGUAGAUAAGCCAGUGGCCAGAUAAAUAUUGAAGCUGGCAGUGAACAGCCAGCUCCUUAAUGCCUUGUUGCUGAAACGGAUGAAGACACAGCCUGCUCAUUACCUAACCUCUCCACCCUAAAUUUCAGAAUAUUAAACUUGCUUUGGAAGCACU